AUGCCCAUACUUUACACACCAAUUCCAACAAGAAAGGUGCAUAUUUCUUCUGUUCUAGCUCCCGCUCAACUCACAACCCGCCUCGACUCAUUAAUGAAUGCAUUGAACUUUUUCGCAUACGCUAGUUUUAAGGAGAAUAUGCGCAAGUUUUGGUUCUAUAUCCUGGAGAUGAUCCCAAUUUUAAUCAUUGCUUAUUACCUCUAUAAUGAUCAUGAUUCUGCUGUGUUAGCAAUGGGGGCGACCAUCAAUGUUGUUCUUACUUUUUUGUGGUACGCAAGCAAAACUUGGGGCUUAAUCUGGCUUCACACAAAGGAGAUGAUACAUAACUGCCUAAGAGAUUUCUUACAAAUUAAUUGA